AUGGCUUCUCACUCCUCUGUAGCAUCGAGAACCCGAUCCCGGACAAAAAAAGAAGCUAACUUUGCUGGAGUUUUCUCCAAUGUGGAGCCCGGAUCUUCAGGAGCGAAGCGCGCGGUGCGUGAUGUACGCUUGCGCGAGACUUCUGGCCCAGAAGCAGAGAGCAGCGGCAGAGGAGCUCGACAAAGAGUCUCCUCUGUUUCGGGUGGUUUGGGCGGCGGAGGCGGCGCCAGUGAUGACAGCGGUGAGAGCAUUGAUGUUUCAGACGGUGCAGACGACACUGACAGUGACCAAGUGAUUUCAGUGAGUGGAAGUGGUGAGGAGGAAGAAGAGUCCAACGAUCACAGAUCUCAGACGGCGCCAAGGUUUGAGCGUAACCGUAUCUCUCAUAAAUUUAAGAACAUUGACAUUGUUGAUGUCGUCAUUAGUGACUCUGAUGAAGAGGAGAGCACAGAUUUUGAGUAUGCUGAGAGUGUAGGUGGCGAUGACAAAGGAAGGUUUGGAGGUGAUGAGACCGCACAGCAGAAGUCCAAUACUUUCACUCGGGGAGAUAGCCAAGAGGGAGGCCUCUUGAGUAGUUUAUUCAGCGCAAGGAAAACUACUAAGGAGCUUGAUAUUGAGUGCACAGAUGAUCCGCCGGUGAUUGACGAUGCGGGAAAGAAAGAGGAUGUGGAACGUGGAGUUUCAUGGGUCAAUGAGUGGUUGCAGGAUGAUGCGGAGGAGGAAAAAGAAGAAGAAGCGAUCAAUGUUGAGCAUGAUAUCGAGUGCAUGGAUGAUCCGGUGAUUGAUAAAGCGGAAAGGAAAGAGAAUAUGGUAUGCAGACUUUUGUGGGUCAAUGAAUGGUUGCAUGGUGAUAUGGAGGAGGUCAAAGAGGAAGGAGCGAGUAAUGUUGGACCAUUAAAUGCAGAACUCAAUUCCCCUUCCAAUGAUGAAAAUGGAAAUGGUGGGAAAAUGGAGGAAAGAGGAAGUUCUAGUGUGUCGGAGCGCGAAGAAAUGAUGGAAAAAGAGGAAACAGGAGACGGGAUUAAAAAUGGCGAUGAAGGGUUGCAGGCUGAUGAUGAUGAGCAGGAGGAAGAGGAGGAGGAAGGCGGAGCAGAGAUUGAGUUCGACAGAGUGAAUGCUGGAACAGAUGUCUCUUCUGUUAAUGGAAAGGGAAUGAUCAGGGAGAUGGAAGAAAGAGGAAACUUUUGCACGCCCGAGAAAAAAGGAUCGAAUCAGAGCCAAGAGAAGUUGACUUCCCAGAUUUUGGUCUCUGGAGUUGAUAGAAGAACACAGGAGAAAGGAUUUGGGAAAGUAGAAGGUCAAAAGGAGAGGGAUUCAGGCAUGUCCUGUAGCAUCCGACAAUGGCAAAAGAAAAGGAAAUGUGAUGAUUGCAGCGGUGAGAAAGCGGUAGCAAACAGAAGUGCCGAGAAAGAGCAAACAUCUGCUACCGAUGGUACUGUGAGAAAUGAGUAUAGGGGCGAUUGGGAGUCCAGAACAAGGGGUGAGAGAGCUCGCAAAUCAAGGGAAAAUACGUUAUUCAAACUUGCCGAUUGCAUAUUGGGGAAGGAUGAGAUUCUUCAAGAUGACAUUCAGAAGGAAAGGGCGGAUGAAGAGAAACAGUUUGCUGGUGCUGUGAAGGAGGAGAGAAAGGAAAUAUUUGAAACUUUUGGCACGACGGCCAGCAGCAUGAAAAGAGACUGCUCAGUUGAUAUGUACGAGCAGAAGAAAGUUGGCGAAAUCUUGACUACGUCAGGCGAAGAGGGUGUCAGGGUGCAUCAAGCACAAGAGAGAAAACAUCAUAGGAGCAUCGACGACUAUGACAUUCACUGGGAGAGAUCCGUCAGGUCAAAAGAACUUAAGUAUUUCCAACGUCUUGCUCAGAAAUUCAGAGAUAACAAAGAUGAUGCCGAUCGGGAAGAAGUUGUAUGGGAAAUACCAAGCAGGACAGAGCCGGAGCCACGGGCGGAAGUGACUCCGCUUCCUGUGAAGUUCUUCUGGGGAGACGAGGAACCGGAGCCAGCACCAAAAUCUGAAGCAGAGAAGGAGAUGGACAAGAUGUGGAGCGACAUGGAAUUUUAUCUUAGAGCUGGAGAACUUAGCUCUUCCGAACCCCCCGAAACUGAACCAAGUCGAGCCACUCUUUGUCCGGGAGGAAAGCAUGAGCUCAUCUGCAAUGAGGAAAUUGGUUUGAUUUGUCUCUUCUGUGAUCAAGUAGUGCAGGAGAUAAAAUAUGUCUUCCCACCAUUUCUACCAUCAUUUGAAAAGUUCUCCACCGAAGGGUCAGGAAAGAAAACAUUGCCCAACGGAGAGAAUCUGUCUUUAUUUGAAGGGCUUUGUCUUCAGCCUCCUGGAAAUGACUCUGCCGAACUCUCUCAUCAGAGCGGCUCCAUUUUGGAUCUCAUCCCCUGUGACCGGAGUAAAUUGUAUCCACACCAGCUAGAGGGCUUUGAGUUUAUGUGGAAGAACCUAGCAGGGUCUACUGAUCUAAAAGAAUUGUCCAACUCUGAGCCUAAGGACAUUGGUGGAUGCAUCAUAUCUCAUGCUCCAGGUACAGGGAAGACUUGCUUGACCAUACUUUUUCUGCACACGUAUCUCAGACUCUUCCCCAAUUCCCGCCCUGUGGUUAUUGCUCCUGCGAGCUUGCUUCUCACUUGGGAAGAAGAAUUCAGGAAGUGGAACAAGAAAUGGGACAACAGCAUUUCAUUCCACAACUUGAAUAAUCCGGAGUACUCCGGGGCAGAAAAUCCUGAGGCUAUGAGAAUGGUGGAAGCAAAUAGGCACCUCCAGCAAUGUAGCGACGUGAUGCGGAUGAUCAAGCUCUAUUCCUGGAGUAAGAGCAGCAGCAUACUAGGCAUAAGUUACACGCUGUAUGAGAAGCUUGCUGUACAGAAAAGGGAAGGCAUAAAGGAUCCGGAGAAGAAGUCAGCGAUUCAAAAGAAAGAUGAAGAGAUGAGAAAGAUUCUUCUCGAUUUGCCGGGUGUAGUGGUUCUUGACGAAGGGCACACGCCACGAAACCAAAGGAGCAGCAUUUGGAAUCUUCUGCUGAAACUUCGGACUGAGAAGAGGAUCAUCCUCUCAGGCACCCCUUUCCAGAAUAAUUUUCUAGAGCUCUAUAACACCUUGUGCUUAGUGAGACCCGCAACAGCCGACAAACUCCCCCUUAGUCUCAAGAAAUUCUGCCAUACAAGAACAAGACAGCAGAAAAGAGCUAAAACAGAUUAUACCAACUCCUUCGUUCAGCCACCUGACAAAGUGGCUGAUGAUGCGAUUGUGAAUCUCCGGUCUAUCAUGGCUCCAUUUGUUCAUGUUCACAAAGGGAGCAUUCUUAAAGAGAAUCUUCCUGGUAUAAAAGAGUGCAUAGUGGUGUUAAACCCUGGGGAUAUGCAAAGGAAGAUUGUUGAGAACAUUCAAAGAUCUCAAUGCGGGUUUGAGUAUGAGUUCAAGCUGUCUUUGGCCUGCAUUCACCCUUCUCUGAUCCUAAGCUGCAAUGCAUAUUCGGAUGAAAAACCUGUUAUCUGCCGUGAGCAUCAGAAGCUUGAAGAUCUGAAGACUAACACAGAUGCCGGGGUAAAGACAAGGUUCCUAGUGGGGUUGAUCCGGCUCAGUGAAGCACUCGGCGAGAAAGUUCUUGUUUUCAGCCAAUACAAAGAGCCACUGUCCUUGAUCAGUGACCAACUGAGAUCAACUUUCCAGUGGUCCUCCAAAGGAAAAGAGAUUCUACACAUGCAUGGGAGCCUGGAUCUGAGGGAACGUCAGCGUUUGAUUGGAGAAUUCAACAACCGACAGAGCCAAGCAAGAGUAAUGUUAGCUUCAACUAAGGCUUGCUCUGAGGGCAUAAGUCUAGUCGGAGCAUCAAGAGUUGUCUUGCUAGACGUGGUUUGGAAUCCUUCGGUGGAGAGGCAAGCAAUCAGCCGCGCGUUCAGAAUUGGCCAGGAGAAGGUAGUCUAUACCUACCAUCUGAUCACGAAGGGAACCACGGAAUGUGACAAGUACCGCAAUCAGAUGGAGAAAGAGAGAUUGUCUAAGCUGGUUUUCUCCCCAACGGACAAGGAAAAUGGUGAGAGAAGAAAAUCCAGUGGGGUUGCCGAAGACAGGAUAUUGGACGAGAUGACUUCCAGCCAAAACUUCAUGGAUUUGUUUGAUCAGAUACUUUACCAGCCAAAGGAUUCCGAUGCAGUCGAGAACUGCAACUGAGGCCAUCCCACCACUGGUUUGUGUAAGUGUGACCAGCAGCUUGAUCUGAAGUUGAGACCUGGUAUCUUACGGCCGUUAAUAGUUAGUGCAAAAGAAGUUGCAGUAUCACUUUGUUAGGUCUUGUGCUUACUGUCGUAACCAAUGAGCUGAAACUACAAUCAAUCAUCUGAUUAAGCAAUGUUCUAGGGAUGGAUUUCCUUCUUAUUUCUCUCCUCUGCUGAUUCUUCUCUUUUGUGAUCCUCUCCAAACUCUGCUUCAUUAAUUCGGAUUGCAACAGUUCUACUUUAUCUAGUCUUUUUGGAGGCAAGGAAAUUUGCAUUCUCAAUGUCCA